UAAAGGACAACACUGCACUCAAUCUCUUCAUUGUGACCAUAACUGAGCUGAGAGCAGAGGAUGCUGGGAAAUACUGGUGUGCAGUGAAGCGUUUAACCGAGCUGAGAGCAGAGGAUGCUGGGAAAUACUGGUGUGCAGUGAAAGAUGCGUUUAACCUUCCCAUUGAGCUCAUGAUCAUCAUGAAGGACGCGGUCACUCAUGAAGCGUCUGUCGGAAGAUCAGCGUCCAUCAGCUGUAAACACAUCAGGAAUCAAGCACAGAGGUUUUUCUGCAGACGAGAUCAGCCGAAUAUCUGCGUCAGAGACGGAGUUCAUGUUUCAUCAAAUAACAGCACAAACGGCAGAUUCUCUCUGACUGAAGAAACCUCUGCUGGAGUCUUUACUGUGAAGAUCAGCAAUCUGAGAGCAGAGGAUUCUGGGAAAUACUGGUGUGCAGAGGAGAGUUCUGGGUCCUUCAUAUUCACUGAAGUUCAGCUACAGGUGACCGGAG